AUGUCAGAAGAGUUCUGGGAGACCCUCAUCCGCCAGCCCCAAGGAGUACGCCAAGGUGAACCCUUAUUGAUGGACAUGGAAACCAUCGAGAUAGUCGUUUCGGAUCAUUUGCAAACUCUCACGUCACUGCACGACACCCUUGGUAAUUUACGCCUGAACAUGCAAGACAAGAAGGACCAGGAGACCUUGGCGUUCGAGACUUACGUUCGUUCCACCCUUAGUAAGCUGGAUCAGCUCACACUGGAAGUGAAAACCAGCGUAGUCGACUCCUCCCAUAGUAAGCAAAGUAAGCCAAACCCGGAACAUAACAGCGACGGUGAGCGCGAGGGAAUCCAAAGGAUUCAAGAAGGAAAUGGCAUCAUCGAAAGAAAGGCACAUUUCAUGGCAGUUAUAGAGGAGGCGGCGGAGGAAGGAGAUGGAGAACCCGAAGAUGCGAAAGAAGACUUGAUGGACGAUGCUCCCAACGAUUUGCCGAACGAAGACGAUGAAGAAAUGAUUGUGUCGCGAAUUCAGCAAGAAAUCAGGAACACGGAACAAGCUAUUCUCGAUUUCGAUAGGAUGUUGCGUCAACUAGAAGAAGAACGCAAGUGCCCCCCUCGACGAUACGAUCAGGGAUACAUUAACAAAGCUCAUGAACGUUUCAUGAGAAGUGUUUUCUGCGAAGCAGUCGGAUAUCAUUACUCUGACUCCUGCACGGUGGUCUGCGACGUAGCGAGUAGAAGCCAGCUCAUUGAAAGCAACAAUAGAUGCGAGCAAUGUCUCGAAGCAAUUUGCUCCCGAGGACUAAGAAGAACCUUACUAUUUGCUUCUACUGUCGUACUCGAGCCCACUAUAGCGCACUCUGCAAAUUGCCGGACUACAGUGAAAGCAUCUCGCUCACGGAAAGCGAAUGCACACGAAGCAAGGAGAAGAAGCUUUGCAAAACUGUGUCGCUUACGAGAGGAACUGGAUCUUCGAACCGCUCUUGAUUCAGGCUAUCCCCUCCGUAAAAGCCGUGCGCCCUUACCUAGUCGUUGGAUUGGAAACACACUACGUUGGGGAACCUCUCCCUACCAAAACCACAGCCUGCACCCUCCACCUUUUAUUAGCGAAGUCAUUCCGAGGCCGAGAGUAUCGCAUCUCCGAUGCGAUUGGAACUAA